UGGCAGAGAGACCCGCUUCAAUACAAUCCUUUAGCAGCAUGGCUAUGGAGCUGCUGAGCAUCGUGUUGCUGCUAGUGCCAGCAGUGAUGGCACAGACGGACACGCGGAUCGUGGGGGGCUACCCCUGUGAGAGAGCCCAGCCCUGGCAGGCCGCGAUCUUCGAUUCAAACCGGCUGUACUGCGGAGGGGUGCUCAUCAACAAGGACUGGGUGCUGACGGCUGCUCACUGCCAACUGCCUGGCAUCACCACUGUAGUGGUGGGCGAGUACAACCUGCGGCAGCUGGAUGACUCCGAGCAGCGCCGGGUGGCUGCGAAGCUCAUUCCCCACCCCAACUACAUCCGCGCCACCAAGGACAACGACAUCAUGCUCAUCAAACUCAUCACCCCCGUGCAGACGAAUAACAACGUGCACCCCAUUGCACUGGCCCGCAGUGCUGCCCCACCAGGGAGUGUCUGCCAGGUGUCCGGAUGGGGCACCACCACCUCCCCACAACCAGCAUCAUUCCCGGCCUUGCUGCAGUGCGCCAACCUCAGGAUCGUCUCAGCGGCAGAAUGUCGAAGAGAGUAUUCCAGCUUGGUCAGCGACAACAUGCUGUGCGCCGGUGUGCCACAAGGAGGCAUCGAUUCUUGCCAGGGUGACUCCGGAGGUCCCCUGGUGUGCGGCGGGAGCCUUCAAGGCAUUGUGUCGUGGGGGCUGGAGGAGUGCGCCCAACCUAACAAACCAGGUGUCUACACCAAAGUCAGCAACUACAUCAACUGGAUCCAGCAAACUGUACGGGGCGGGUGA